GAAUUCAUUUUUUCUCACACUAAGAAGCCAUUACUGAGGAAUUUUCAAAUUCGUUUGUAACUUAGCAAUGGCGCCGAAGGCCGAGAAGAAGCCCGCCGAGAAGAAGCCAGCAGAGGAGAAGAAGGCCGAGAAGGCUCCGGCGGAGAAGAAGCCGAGAGCAGAGAAGAAGCUUCCCAAAGACGGUGCCGAUAAGAAGAAGAAGAAGGCGAAGAAGAGCGUGGAGACUUACAAGAUCUACAUCUUCAAGGUCCUCAAGCAAGUUCAUCCUGACAUUGGAAUCUCCAGUAAGGCUAUGGGGAUUAUGAACAGUUUCAUCAACGAUAUCUUCGAGAAGCUCGCUCAGGAAUCCUCCAAACUCGCUCGCUACAACAAGAAGCCGACCAUCACCUCUCGGGAGAUCCAAACCGCUGUGCGCCUUGUUCUUCCUGGUGAGUUGGCUAAGCACGCCGUCUCUGAGGGUACCAAGGCUGUUACCAAAUUUACUAGCUCUUAGAUUGAUAGAAUUUAGGUUAUUCUCGUGUAAAAAUUGAUCUAACUGCUCGGAGUCGGUGAUUUCGCUUCCUUUCGAUGCAUAAGUUGGAAUUGGACGAAUGAAUCGGGUAAUAUGAUGAGAUUCCUUUAGCUGCUUGCUAGAUCUUCGCCUCAUUGUUGAGAUUUUUAGAUAUUCGAUCUUUGUGCUUGAUCUAAUGAUUUCUCGUGUAAAAAUCGAUCUGAAUGUUCUGAAUAGUUGAUUUCGCUUUCUUUUGUUGCA